AUGGUUGUCGUCCUCGUCGGCUUUCGGAACGAGACGAGAUAUUCCGUGUUGGUGAGACGAGAGCCUUCGAGCAACGUCGCCGUGCCGGAGGAGAUGAGGCGUCAAUCCUUGACACAGUUGUUUCGUGUUACACUGCCUUGCCCCUUCCGGUUCCUGGCCACAGAGGCAAUCACCAUCUUCGCUGCUCUUUACAACGGUUACCUCUAUGGACUGUCGUUCCUCUCCAACGAUGCAUUCAACUUGGUGUUCGGUAAGCACGGCUAUGGCUCAAAAUUAUUGGCUGACAAUACUGGGAUGCCUCGCGAUACUGCUGGUGCCAUUUUCUAUGUGCUAAAGAAGUUUGGCAUGAGGUUGAGAAGGAAGAGUCCAUAUGCGAGACAGCAUGUGGAUGAUGAUGAUGAUGAUAUGGAGGUGAAUGCCUCCGAUAGUGACGCCUCUGAGCCAUGA